CGGGAGGCCAUAGGGGAGAAGGGAGCUGCGGUCCUGUCCCCGCGGCGCCAGGUGUGACCUUCUCCUCCCCUCUCUCCAGGCCAUCAUGCAGGGCGAGCCCGUGUCCAAGCCCGUGCUGCAAGUCAUCAACACGCGUGCUAUUGCCACGGGCAGCGGCCCUCCGCGCUACCGCGUGCUGAUGAGCGACGGGGUGAACACGCUCUCCUCUUUCAUGUUGGCAACACAGCUGAACUCUCUAGUUGAAGAGGAGCGCUUGUCUGCCCACUGUGUCUGCCAGGUGAACAGAUUCAUUGUUAACAGCCUGAAAGACGGAAGGAGAGUGGUUAUAUUGAUGGAGUUAGAUGUUCUGCAAACUGCUGAUGUGGUUCGUGGAAAUAUUGGUGAUCCAGUGCCAUACAAUGAAGGUCAGGGGCAGCAGCAGCAGCAGCGUUCCUCAGCUUCAGCAGCCAACACAGCACCCAGCAAACCACAGCAGCAGAAUGGGAGCUCAGCAGCAGGAGCUCCUACUGUUAAGUACUAUGGACCUUCAAAGGAGUCUGGUAAAUCAGCUGGUACCAGCUUAUUUAAUACGCCUGGUGGAUCACAGUCCAAGGUGGUACCAAUUGCCAGUCUGAACCCAUACCAAUCCAAGUGGACCAUAUGUGCUCGAGUCACCCAAAAAAGCCAGAUCCGCACCUGGAGCAAUUCCCGUGGUGAAGGAAAGCUGUUCUCCAUAGAGCUAGUUGAUCAAAGUGGUGAGAUUCGAGCUACUGCAUUCAAUGAUCAAGUGGACAAGUUCUUUUCCAUCAUUGAAUUGAACAAGGUGUAUUUCUUCACCAAAGGAACUUUGAAGACUGCUAACAAGCAGUUUUCAGCUGUGAAGAAUGACUAUGAGAUUACAUUCAAUAGUGAGACUUCAGUUUUGCCCUGUGAGGAUUCCCAACAUCUUCCCUCUGUUCAGUUCGAUUUUGUACCAAUCUCUGAGUUAGAGAACACGAGCAAAGACUCAAUUGUAGAUGUAAUUGGAAUCUGUAAGAGCUAUGAUGAUAUCACUAAAAUUACAGUGAAAUCUACCAAUAGGGAGGUGUCUAAGAGGAACGUGCAUUUGAUAGAUGCAUCUGGAAAGAUGGUGACGACAACUCUAUGGGGAGAUGAGGCUGAACGAUUUGAUGGUUCUAGACAACCUGUCAUAGCGAUCAGAGGAGCCAGAGUCUCUGAUUUUGGUGGCCGGAGUCUCUCUGUCCUGAGCUCAAGCACGCUUGUGAUGAACCCGGAUAGUCCAGAGGCGUUCAAACUCCGAGGAUGGUUUGACUCCGAAGGGCAGGCUUUGGAAUGUACUUCAAUCUCUGAUCUGAGAGGUGGAUCAACAGGUGGAGGGAGUGCCAUUUGGAAAACUCUGCAUGAAUCUAAAUCUGAGAACUUAGGGCAAGGAGAUAAGGCGGAUUAUUUUAGCUGUGUGGCCACAGUGGUACAACUGCGCAAAGAGAACUGCAUGUACCAGGCUUGCCCAGCUCAAGAUUGCAAUAAGAAAGUGAUAGACCAACAGAAUGGACUGUACCGCUGUGAAAAAUGUAAUCGCGAGUUCCCCAACUUCAAGUAUCGCAUGAUCCUCUUUGUGAUCAUUGCAGACUGUCUGGAGACUCAGUGGGUGACUUGUUUCCAGGAGUCAGCAGAAGUCAUUCUUGGGCAAAACACUGCUUUCCUUGGAGAGCUAAAAGAAAAGAAUGAGCAGGCAUUUGAUGAAGUGAUCCAAAAUGCCCUCUUCAACACAUUUGAGUUCAAGAUUCGAGUGAAGCUGGAGACUUUCAAUGACGAGUCCCGGAUUAAGGCUACCGCGGUAGAUGUGAAGCCUGUGAGCUACAAAGAACACUGCAAGAGGUUGAUUGCGAGCAUCAGAAAAAACGCGCAGCAAGGAUGAGAGAAGGAAGGAUGGUGGUGAUCGAGCUGGAGCUAGAACAUUCACAGAAUAACUAAAGAGCUGGACUUGGGGUGAUUUAAAAAAUCAAUUUAUGUGGCAGUUUGGCAUUAGUUACACAGUGCAUGGGAGUCUAUCUAGUGGGCUAAAUGAUUUCAUGGGUUCUCUCGUGCAGUUAUGCUACUAGUAUAACUGCAACAAAUGGCCAUGCCAGCGUUGACUGUUAAAGUAUGAUGGAGCCGAAGACGAGUGUCUAGACAACGGCAGUGGCUCCUAUAGGCAUACUGACCUGUUAAGAUUUCAUCACCUUUAGACAAGGCCAACGCAUGUCUGAAGUAACUUUUUCUUCUUCAUAGAUUUAAAGCCAGAUUACAUAACCAGUAUGUUUUACAUGCAAGACGCUUGUGACAGCCUUGGCACUUUGACUUGCUCUGCACAGGGUAGGAGGGAGAGUGUCGUGCAGCUUUCUGAUGUGGACCAUGGAGAACAGGUCUGUUAGCACGAGGCAGUCCUCUUCCCUGGAAUUCAAAGGCUUUCUCUUUCCACAGGUGCCAUGCAGUUGUUAAUGCUUGGAAUGGCAAUAUGGUAGAAUUAUUAAUCAAAGACGUAUCUCUUAUAUCUGAAGAAUAUCCUUCCUUCAGGGCUUAAUAGACUGAGUCAGAUGGGUCUGAUAUUAAUCAAAAUUGUCUCUUCUGAGGAAGGCUGAUAAGCAUUGACUCUCCAUCCCCCAGGGAAAUCUAGGCAACUACAAAGCAUUGCUUUAGUUUUCACUUCAAUUAAUAUUGUGUUCUUGGCUGCUGAUAGCUCACGCUCCCUACCUAUACAUAUUUCUUAUGUUGUGUACGCAGUUUCUUUGGUUUUGUUUGUUACUGUUAAUGGGAAACACGUCUUUAAAUGGGGGGGAGCUUUGUUUUACAGCUUUGUUUCAAUAAACAGUAUUUAGUUU